AACAGGCGGCCUCGACCUCGGUGGCUUAUCAUCCAAAUUCCACCUCCGAAACAAACAUCCGAUCAUUGCCUACCUGACCUUUUUUUACACACCAUGGCGUCAUACCAGUAUCGCAACUCGACCUACAUGCACGAGCGGCAUGACAGCAAUGCUUCGCGGCGGCCUGACUCCCAGAGGCGAGACACGCGCGGCACAAGGUCAAGCGACGGCACAGUCAGCACAAUGAUGAGCACCAACUCGAGUGGCAGGGAAUCUUCGGCCACGGCCAUGACAGAGGGCCCCGCCUACUCCAAGAAGAUUGUCGUAGUUGGCGACGGCGGCUGCGGGAAGACGUGCCUGCUUAUCAGCUACAGUCAAGGAUACUUUCCAGAGAAAUACGUCCCAACCGUCUUCGAAAACUAUAUCACCUAUCCCAUACACCCUCCCACCGGUAAGACGGUGGAGCUGGCGCUGUGGGAUACGGCCGGGCAGGAGGAGUACGACCGACUACGUCCGCUCUCCUACCCAGAAACCGACUUGAUCUUUGUGUGCUUCGCCAUCGACUGUCCGAACUCGCUGGAGAAUGUUAUGGACAAGUGGUACCCCGAAGUGCUGCAUUUCUGCCCCUACACCCCGCUAAUCCUGGUCGGGCUGAAAUCCGACCUGCGCUACAAGAAGACGUGCAUCGACAUGCUCAAGACACAGGGCCUCACGCCAGUAACCACCGAGCAAGGGCUGGCGGUGGCCAAGAAGAUGGGCGCGCAGUACAUGGAGUGCAGCAGCAAGGAGAUGAAGGGCGUCGAGGAGGUGUUCGAGCGCGCCAUCCUCACCGUUGUGGCUAACGACCGCAAGACGCUCGAGGCCGAGGCGGCCGCCAACGGUGGCCGGAACAGCAGUCUCGGGAGGAGAGGGAGCGUGGGCAACGCCCUGCAAGGCGGGAUAACGUUUGGGAGCGACGGCGUGCCCAUUCCGAUUGUUAAGAAGAAGAAGAGAAAGUGCGGUGUGCUCUAAAAAGGGGGGGGAAGGGACCGAGGUUUUUAAACCUUGUCGGCCUGGCGAUGCGAAGAACUCACCCAACUACUACAGCAAAACCAAGGCAGUUGGGGGGUGGAUCAUGAUCUUUUACUCAUUGCAUGCGAUGAUGCCCGACACGACAUGCGCUGCUGUCAUUUUUUCUUUUCUUAU